AUGAGCUCUAUAGCAAACAGACGACCACUCAGGACAUAUUCGAAAACAUACUCGAAGAGGAAGCACCAGGACAGCAACAAUGAUACCCUCAAAAGACGACGUGUUUCGAUAGUCGAUAGAGAAGAACUGGCAUCAAAUCCUUCGUCGGAUCCUCCACCAUCAGAUUUUGCAAUCUUCUCUGACGAAAACACUCAUCCGUCAACUCCACCAUCAUCACCACCAUGUCUUGCAGUCUCUCCAAGGGCUCCGCCGCCGAGAAUGCAGCCUCUGGAACCACUUGUCCAGAAAUUCUCGUCGACCCCACAACUAGUUCCAAAGCAAAAUAAAUCGCUUGUCCAAAUGCAACUCAACUUUGGCCAGUUGAUGAGGAAGACUUGCAAAGAAUGCCGUAUGGAGUACGUGCCUUCUGCUCCAGAAGAUGUUGCUCUACACAAAAAGUUUCAUGCGCAGCACACAAAUGGUAUCUUUAUGGAUCGAGACUUCCUUACGAAAGUCAAGUCUGAAAAAGCCGUGUGGCAUGGAUCACAAGGAGACUUCAUCAUACAUCUCAGUGGCUCUCAAGAUCCGAAACAUUGGUUGAAGAAGGCUCGCGCUGUGUUCGACAUGGCGACGACGGACCUGGGAGCGGUUGACAUUCCUGAUGAGAAGUUGUGGGGAUCACAGUUCGUCACAAACUCUACUCGGAAGAGAGCAGUCAACACCAAAGACGGGAAUGAGGCAGACAGGUACAAGCUGUAUCUUUACAUCAACAGUGGCAGAUGCGUUGGCCUUUGUCUUGCAGAGGGAAUCGACAGAGCAUUCAAGGUGAUUGAGCCAAAGAUAAUGGGGGAGGUGAAACAGAAGGAUGAAGAGGAGACAUCUUCGAAGGCAUCAGGAACAGAGACUCCAGGAUGUGAGCUGCUGUCCAUUAGUGAGAAGGCAGAUGAAGCGGCAGUUGGCAUAUCUCGAAUCUGGACAUCCCAGGGGUCGAGGAAGAAGGGGAUUGCAAGGGCACUGUUGAAGUGUGUUGCAAAGACGUUCCUGUCCAAGGUUACACCUAAAGACAUGGUUGCAUUUAGUCAACCGACCGAGAUGGGCACAGCCCUAGCCAGACGGUGGUUUGGACAAGAGUACGGAUGGCAUGUAUACAUCGAUUGA